GCUUCGCGGCCAGGGGGCGGGGCGGGCUGCCGGGGGUGGCUAACGGCUGGCCCCUGCCGCCCUCGGGCUGCAAGCGGCGCCGCCUCCCUCCGCCGGUCCCGCCCCGGCUACUGCCCCGCGGAUCUUUCCGUCCCGGGUCUGUCUCCGUGUCUCUGCCGUCGUCUUUCCAGCCGUCAUCCCCUCUCUUCGCUUCUCGGGGCUCACCUCGGUGUCCUCCAUCUGUUUUCUGUUUCUCCCCGUCCCUCUCCUCUCCGUCUCCGUCUCGCCAGCCUCGCUGCGGGUCAUUCUGACAUCUGAGACCUAAGGGCCUGUUCCCGCGCCCCAUGGAAGAGUCCCCCGUGCCCAGCUCUGACCUGAGAGAGACCGAGGACCCGGGGUCUCGUGCAGAGGUCAUGGAAGAAGUGACAUCAUGCUCCUUCAACAGCCCUCUGUUCCAGCAGGAAGACAAGAAAGGGGUUACCUACCGGAUCCCAGCCCUGCUCUACGUGCCCCCAACCCACACCCUCCUGGCCUUUGCAGAGAAGCGCUCCACGGGCAGGGAUGAGGAUGCUCUCUACCUUGUGCUGAGGCGAGGGUUGAGGAUCGGGCACUCGGUACAGUGGGGACCUCUGAAGCCACUGAUGGAAGCCACACUGCCUGGGCAUCGGACCAUGAACCCCUGUCCUGUGUGGGAGCAGAAGAAUGGUUGUGUGUUCCUGUUCUUCAUCUGUGUGUGGGACCAUGUCACUGAGCGUCAACAGAUCAUGUCGGGCAGGAAUGCUGCCCGCCUCUGCUUCAUCUGCAGUCAGGAUGCUGGGUGUUCAUGGAGUGAAGUGAGGGACUUGACUGAGGAGGUCUUUGGCCCUGAGAUGAAACGCUGGGCCACGUUUGCUGUGGGCCCAGGUCACGGCGUCCAGCUGCAGUCGGGGAGGCUGGUCAUCCCUGCAUACACCUACUACAUCCCUUACUGGUUCUUUUGCUUGAGGCUACCAUGUAUAGCCAGGUCUCAUUCUCUGAUGAUCUACAGUGAUGACCUAGGGGUCACAUGGCACCGUGGCAGUCUUAUUAGGCCCACGGUGACAGGGGAGUGCCAAGUGGCAGAGGUAACUGGGAGGGCUGGCCACCCUGUGCUAUAUUGCAGUGCCAGGACACCAAACAGGCACCGGGCAGAGGCUUUCAGCACUAACCAUGGUGAAUGCUUUCAGAGACCAGCACUGAGCCGACAGCUCUGUGAGCCCCGGUGUGGCUGCCAAGGCAGUGUGGUGAGUUUCUUGCCCCUGGGGAUCCCACAUAGGUGCCAGGACCCUAGUGGCAAAGAUGCUUCCACCAUUCAGCAGAGCCUUCUGCCAGAGGGUUCACUGCGGCUGGAGGAAGAAGCUGGAAUACCCUCAGAAUCGUGGCUCUUGUACUCCCACCCAGUCAGUAAGAAACAGAGGGUUGACCUAGGUAUCUACCUCAACCAGACCCCCUUGGAGGCUGCCUGCUGGUCCCGCCCCUGGAUCUUGCACUGUGGGCCCUGUGGCUACUCUGAUCUGGCUACUCUGGAGGAGGAGGGCUUGUUUGGGUGUUUGUUUGAAUGUGGGAUCAAGCAAGAGUGCGAGCAGAUUGCCUUCCGCCUGUUUACAGACCAAGAGAUCCUGAGCCAUGUGCAGGAGGACUGCACCAGCCCUGGUAGGAAUCUGAGCCAAUUCAAGACUGACUAAUUGGCUUAGGACCCAACCUUCUGUAGAAGGAAAUGGCAACCACAAGCAAGAUAACAGAGGUUACUAGAGCCUACAGAGAAUCUCAAAACUUAAUAUUUUAUUCCCUACCUUUUUUUCACUUCUGCCCCUCCAAAGAACAACAUGAAAAUUUUACCAUAGCUACUGCAGUGGAAAGAACACUGAACUGGGAGUUGGAAGACCAGGAUGUGGUCCUGGCUUUGCCACUUGCUUACUUUAGGAUGUUGGACAUGUCAACUGAUCUCUGGGCCUCAGGUCUCCAUCUAUAAAAUGAGAGGAUUGGUUCUGUGAUUUCUCAUCUUCCCAUCCCUAAGAGAGGCAGAGUGCCUGCAUGCUCCAUGAUUCGCAAGUCCUGGCUGCUUACAGGACUCUGGUCUCACAACGGGAAUCAGAGGACUUAUUUUGUCAAAUGACUUGCCUGCCCCUCAUCCAAGUGUGAGGUUACAAGUAGGUGUCAUGGCAGAAAGGAAGAUCAGAUGGUUUGUUCCAUUUUUUAAUAACAAAACCACUUUUAUCCUUCUAAUCAUGUUCAGAGCUGUGUAGGCUCUCUAUCCUAGAGGAAUUGAGCAAAACAGUAGAAUCAUGAGGUCAUCUACCUUCUCCAGCUUUGUAUCUCUGCUCAACCUUCCUUUCCUCAUUCAGAAAGCAUCAUUUUCUUGGGAGAAAAAUGAGAAGCUCAAUGCCAGUGGCCCUUGAUAAUAGUGCUUAUUGCAUCUGAUGGCACUACCUCAGUGAAAGAUGAGCUUGAAGUUCAUUUAUUAGAAUGGUUCCUGAUGUGAAAAGGACAUGGGUUAGGACUUUAAAACAUUGGACGAAACUUCCUACAAUCUCUGCCCUCAAGGAUUCACAGUUUAUGGGGCUAGAAUAAGGAAAAAAAAAAAAAAA